CGGGAUUCAGUUGGAUGGUUAAAUUUCAAGGGAUCAGUAGUUUGACGCGUUCUAAGCAAUUUCGUUUACCAUCUUGGAGAGCACGUGUGUAGUAGCACGACGAUCCAGCUAUAAUAUCUCUAGUGCUUCUAUACAACUAAUCAAAUUCCGAUACGUGAAUUUGAUUGAUAUGUAACGAGACUUUUUUUUAAAAGAUUAAUUUAUUUUGUUUACAUAACACGUGCUCUCCAUUUUUUUUCUUCCCUUUUUGUAAAUUUUUAUCAGAAUCAAUCGGCUUCCCUAAUCGGCACAUCUAGAAAGCUUCAUCGUACCAAAGGUGAAAGUAUCACAACGAGACAUUUCAACAUCGAAUUUCUGUACGGUUUUUAAUUACACAAUUAACAAUGAAUAAUAGCCAAAAUUAUAAUCAGGGAAUGAGUUUCUUUGGAAAUUAUGCUACGCCAGAAAGAGAACAAGAUGCGAACGCAGAUCAAAAUCAGGCGAAUAAUCAAUAUCAAUUCGCCAAAUCUGGUUACUCUAAUGCAAGUUCACCAGACACUUCCUCCGGAAGUAGUAGUAAUUCUCAAUGUUGCAGUCAAUCCCCAGAAAAUUUUAAUGUAGACUCAUUGAUUAAUACAUUAUUACAAGUUGUAAACAGUGAUACUUUUAAUCUACCAACUUCUUAUAAUACUAUUCAAUUACCACAAAACGGAAUGGCAAGUAACAAUAGAUGUAGUGAUUGUACUGACACGCUUUGUAAUUCAUGUUCUAAUCGAAUUUUGAAUCCUCCGGAAUUAAAUCAAGAAAAUGAAUAUAAUUAUAAUACACCGGAAAUGCCGAGUCCAAUUAUGAACAUUCCAAACAUGAUUCCUCCAAGAUUACCAUUUUACUGCGAUCUUCAUCGUGAUGGUCAAAAAUUUUAUUGCCAAACUUGUAGCAAGCCUUUUUGCGUUGAUUGUGAAUUUCGUUUCCAUCAUGUACAUGUUACUAUAAAUUUGAUGGAUGCUAUAGAAGGUGCUGGAAUUCAAGCGAAUCAAGUAUUAAAAGAGGCUAGACUUGGAAUAACAAUACUCAGGGAAGAGUUAGAUGCUAUUCAAAUAGCUGCAGAAAUAUUGGAACAAAAGGCAAGACAGGCAGCUGCAGAUGUGAUGCUAUGUGUCAGAAGAGUGGCCUCUGCGUUAGAAGCGAGAGAAAAAGAAUUGUUAGGUAGAAUUGAAAAAGCUAAACUUAUGAAAUUUAGCGCACUAAAAGCAAGAGACGAGGGUAUUAGGAUUGGAAUAUCCCGAUUGACAAGGGCUGCUGAUAAACUUACUGAAGCAAUGGAAUCAAAAAUUUUGGCCAGUAAUCCAUUGAAUUUAUUCCUCACUAAAGACAUGGCUUCGGCAGAGAAUUUCCAUAUGGCAGUUGUAGCUGUAGUGAAAGAGUUAGAGAUAUUUCGCAUUCACCAAAGUCAACAAUCGCUUCCCUCGCAAGAAGAGAAUUGGAUCUCUUUCAAUGGUUUAGAGGGUACAAUAAUGAAUGCUAUCGCAAAUCUUGGCGCUAUAGCAGUAAAUAAUCCUGGGCCCAUAGGAGAUCGGCGCCCUGUAAGAGGCCGUGGAAAUUCGCCUCAAUUAUUUCUUAGACAAAUAGCCAGCGCCCCAGUACCUAGAGGGAGGCCAAUUCCUUCUAACAGUUAUCCGGUUGUAGUCAGGAUGGAUCGCAGUCCCCAAUCGUCUGUGACUCCACUGAGAAUAAUUGGAAACGAUGGCGAACCCCAAGAUAAUCUGUGCCGCCCUUGGGGUAUUGCGUGUGAUAGAGAAGGACAUAUUAUUAUUGCGGAUAGAUCUAACAAUCGAAUACAGAUCUAUUUCCAAGAUGGUUCCUUCUUAAGAAGAUUCGGUACACACGGUACCGCACCAGGACAAUUCGAUCGUCCUGCCGGCGUAGCAGUCGAUGCACGACGUCGUAUAGUCGUGGCAGACAAGGAUAACCAUCGUAUCCAGGUGUUGACGAUGGAAGGCCUAUUUCUUUUAUGUUUUGGCGAAAAAGGCUGUCGCGCCGGCCAGUUCAAUUAUCCUUGGGAUGUAGCGGCCAACUCCGAAUGCCAGAUAGUCGUAUCUGACACAAGAAACCAUCGCGUCCAAUUAUUCAGUCCUGAAGGUGUUUUUCUUCGUAAAUAUGGCUACGAAUCCGCCCCGAACAUGUGGAAACAUUUCGACUCGCCACGCGGAGUGGCAUUCAAUCCUGAUGGCAACGUCGUCACCACGGAUUUUAAUAAUCAUAGACUAGUGAUAAUUGAUUCAGACUUCGUACAUGCUCGAGUAUUAGAAUGCGAAAGUCCAGGUGCUCCGAAACAGUUCCUAAGACCGCAAGGUCUGGUGAUUGAUGACGAAGGCAAUAUAAUUGUAGCCGAUUCUAGAAACCAUCGUAUACAAAUAUUUGAUUCGACUGGAACGUUACAAUGGCGAUUCGGUAAUUAUGGAAAAGAUGACAAUGAAAUGGACAGACCAUCCGGAAUAGCUCUAUGCCCAGAUGGUAGAAUCGUUAUCGUUGAUUUCGGCAACAAUCGAGUUCUUCUUAUUUAAAAUGAUCCGUUCAUUGGUUGUGGUUGAAUGAGUGAGAGGGAAUGAUUGGGAGAAAGAUUUUAUACAAACGUUAAAAAAUGUAAAAAAAAAAAAGGAAAAAAAAAGAAAAAAAAAUUUAUCCUAUAUGACAGUAAUUGCAAGAAGCGACGUUAAUGUUUUUCUCGAUUUUAGAUGUAUAAGCGUAUGACGCUUAAAACCCUCGAAUAACAAGUGUUAGAUGCAAUAUUUUCCUACUAAUAUGUAUAUAAAUAUGGAAAUCCGUAUAAGUUCCUUUCGAAACUUCGGGUUUUCUCUUGAGUGCCAAGAAAUCAAGUACAAAGAGGAAAAAAAAAGAUGUCCUUUUUCGUUUUGAAAUCAUAUCCUUAUGAAUGUUUCAAAUUAGUAGAGAAAUAUUAUUUUCACAUUAUUUGUACGCAAUUAUUCGUUGUCUAUAAUUCGUGGUUUGAAUGAUAAGAAGAGAAAACAGAAAAGUGAUGAGUAAUGAAGGAAAACGAGAAAGGAUUUUUAAAGAUUUGUUUAUUAGUAUUCGGACUGUAUUUGUCACUAUUUUUUAAGAUUGAGAGGAUUAUUGGAAAAGAUCAUAGAAUGUAAUUUUCCAAUGAUCUAUAAAUUAUUAUCUAUCAUAUGUUAUUUUUAUUAGUAAAACGACGAACAUGUUUUUUAAAUUAUUUUUCUGAACAACGAUUGCAAAUAAAAAUGCAAAACGAUAUUAAAAAUUAAUGAAUAUAAAUUUAACGAAAAUAAAUUUAUCUACUUCAGUAUUCGAUCGAAAUACUCACUAGGAUCGAAAAUUCGAGAAUAAUGCAAUAAAAGUGAGAGAAAAUUAUAUUAUAUAUAAAGAAAAAUAGUUACUAUUUUUUAAAAAAAUAUGACUAUUAUCUAUGUUAUAUCAAACAUUUUACCAGGAUAAUUCCUCGCAAGAUGUUUGAUGUAAAAAAGAAGAUAAUUACUCUUUUAAAGAGUUAAUUUUUGUUUUUUUUGUGUUAUACUUAUUUGAAAAAAAUUUUUUUAAUAUUUUGGAACAACUUUUAUUUUAUUAUUUUAUAUGAAUCUUUUUUUUAUAUAUAAAUUAUUUUUACAGUCUUAUUUUUUUUUUCAUUUUGAUUUUAAUUUUUUUCUUAUAUAUAUAUAUAUAUAAAAAAUAUAUGAAAAAAAUAUCUUGAUCGUUGUGUGAUUAAACGACAUUCUAUUACAAAGUAACAGUAUACAAUACUAUUGUGACCAGAGUCGUAAAAAUGUUUAACUAUUUAUAUAAAUUAACAAUAUUGUCUCCUGUUAUUUAAUAUGUAUGGAGACUAAAAUGCAAUUUUGAAUUAAGAAGUACCUACGUGUGCAUGAUCGUUGCGGUUAAAGAGUUUGUUUUUAUGAGUGUAUGUAAUCAAAAAGAAAUGCGAAUGACACGAAUAAAUUGUAAGUGUAUCCAGAUAAAUGCUAUAAACCAAAAAAGAGAUAACAAUUAAUACAAAAUAACACAAAAAGAAAAAGAUGGAAAGUAUUAAGUAAAAGUGAGUGAGAUCGUAUUUUAACGAUACAUUAUCAAACAAAUUCAAAAUCACAUUGUAAUCAUAUUUUUAACAUAUCAUACUUCGAAAACAUUAUUUCAAUUUUACAUUACUAUAUUUCUGGUACAAGCAUGCGUAAUUAAACAAAAUUUAUUGCCAUUAUUAUUACGUCCAUGAUAAUUAUUAUCAAUGUUAUUAACUUCAAUAUUAUUCUUUUAUUAUUAUUUUUAUUAUUUUUGUAUUAACAAUUAUGACUAGUAUGAAUAUCGUUAUUAUUGUCAUUGUAAUAAUAAACUUUAUUCAUAUUUAUUUAUAUCAUUAUUUAUAUCAUAUUUGUUAAUACAAAAAUUUCAUCGAUAUCAACAUUUAUAAAAAAAAACAAUACAAAAUUUCAUCUAACAUUUAUAGGAUAUAAAAUAUUUUAGUUUUACACAAUAAUAUAAAAAUCUAAUCUAUAUGUUUUCAAGAAAAAAAAUUACUGUCGCAUUCGAUUUUAGUUUAAUAUUAAUAGAACUGAAAUAAGAUAUUAGUUACAUUUGUACAAUAUAAGACUGAGCUAAGACUGAUUUAACACUAACAGAUUUUGUUCCUCGUUUAUUUUUACACCGUGACUGAGUUGAAUGAUUUGUGUUUGAAUGCCUAUUUUAAUAUUAUGUUCACAAGUAUAAUUGAAAAAUUUUAUAUAUUCAAUAAUAAUUUUAUAUUGGCUUAACAUUUAUGUAAUAUAUGCAAAACUUUAUUGUUUGAUAUAUUUAUUUUCUUUCUUUUAAUAAAGUGAUAUAUUAAAAAAAAUA